AUGGAGAAAAUGUCAGAUAUUAUUAAUGUUGAAAUUAAGAGAAAACGUUUAACUAGUAAGCAGAAAAACAGGGCAAAUCAUAACUUCAAUGAUGAAAAUCAAGGGUUAGAAGAUUAUUUUAGGAUUUUUGUGUUUAUUCCCUAUAUUGAUUAUUUUAUAUCACAGUUAGAAUUAAGAUUUCUGGCACAUAAGCAAGUUUUUGAAGGCUUUGAAUGUUUAUUUACAACAAAUAGCUCUAUGUCGUCUGAAGAACGGAAUAGUUUCCAAAAAUUAUUAGAAUUUUAUUCACCACUAGCUGAAUAA